UCGUCCUCGAGAUUAAAUGCAACUCUCGAAGAAGGAUUACGAGUGGUAGAAAGAGAAGAAUGACAUUUUAAAGUUAAUAUAUCCGUCUAACGCCGGUAAUUAUAUAUUUUAAAUUAUAAAACUAUAUUAAAAAUUAGUCGAGUGUUGUCAUAACGAUAAAAUCCGUAAAAGAUAACACAGGAAGUUAGGCCUAACGGAUCUCAGAGAUUUUCAGAUGAAUUGCUUAUAACUCAAGAAUUCAAAAAUAUCAGAAAAGGAAAAUGUAUGUCUUCAGUUAAAGAGUUUUAAUGGUUUUGUUUAAAAUUAUGAAUGAAGAAUAUUUAAAUGACAAUGAUAAAAGAAAUUUUCAGCCAGUUUUUGUAAUUUGAAAAUACAUUCCAUAUUUUUACACAUCAAAUCUUGCAAGUAUUGGAUUAUGCUUGUGCAAAAAUUAAAAAUUAGUUGAAGGAUGUAGGAUAAAAUAUUUUAAAGUUAUCAUCAUUGUUACCUAGCCAAUUAUUAAUGUACUUCUGUAAUAUAGUAUGGCAGAAAUUGUUUAUUAUUGGUCUCAAUAUAAAUAUGAUAAGACUGGUGAUACAGAAUUGUCUUUAGAACAUGGAGAUGUUCUAGAAGUUAGAAAACCAUUCCAGUUUAUCCUUGAAGGCACUGAGGAAAAUCCUCAAGGAUGGGUUCUUGGAAGAAAUCAAAGAACAGGAGAAAUUGGUUAUUUUCCAGGAACAUUUGUAAGAUUUUGGAAGAGAGAAUCAGUUCUCCCUACUACACCAGUUCCUCAGCGGCCUGUACCAAGGCCUGGUCCAUUAGCAUUAAGAAAAGCCAUAGAAGAAUGCAAUGAUUCAGGAUAUGAUGGAUCACCUGCUUCCGGCAUGAACCAUCCUUAUCAUCAGCAUCAGUUGGUGAACACGUACUUCCUCACACCCAUCUUUUGUAGGAAUUGUAAAGAUUAUAUAUGGGGAAGAGGUCAAGUUGGUGCUAAAUGUGAAGAGUGCCACAAUUGCUUCCAUAGAGUUUGCAUUCCCUUUGCUCCAACUCAACUAUGUCAGCCGGUAUCUAAUCUUCCACCUGUUACUGUGGACAGAGAUGUGCCAAUUUCACAGUGGUCUUCUGUAAAUGUUGUGGAAUGGAUGGCUGCACUGAAUUUCUAUCGUUAUGCUGAUCUCUUCAAAUGUACAGAUAUUAAAGGUUCUGAAUUGAUGACUCUAGAUAGGGAUAAACUGAUGAGUAUGGGCAUUAAAGAUGACUUUUCUCAGAAAGCUAUUCUAGUGUGUAUAGAUGAAUUGUGUCAGAGGAGUAGUAAUAUUAUAUCAUUAGAAGGAAAGAAUAUAAAUGGUGGAGGAGAAGAAGUAUUUUCUACUGGAAACCAGCAUAGGUUGCUUGAACAUAGUUUUUCUUCUCUCUUACAAUGUGAUAAGUGCCAUUUAUUUCUGAGAGGUUUAGUUCAUCAAGGCUUACUUUGUCAAGAUUGUGGUUUAAUAUGUCAUCGUACUUGUGCUGCCACAGGUCUGCCACCUUGCUGUACAGAUAAAAUUAAUAAUAGGCUAGGACUUAUAUCAAGUAUAUUUGGAAAGGAGUUGUCUGGUCAGUUUAAUCAGAGUCAGCAAUCUGCACCACCACUUGUAUUGAAAUGUAUUGAAGAAAUAGAAAGAAGAAGUACUUUUAUACCUAAUAUUAAUAUAUAUACAGUGUAUGGUACUUCAGCAUCUACUGAAAGUGUUAAUGAGCUGAGACAGAAAUUCAGUGAAGAUUUCGUAAAUGUUGAUCUUGAGAAGUAUGAAUUAAACUGUAUUGCAAGUGCCUUAAAGAAAUUUUUGAGAGAAUUACCAAAUCCUGUGAUUCCUGUACAGCAUUAUGAUAAAUUUAUUGACGCAUCAAAAAUAACAAAUGAUGAACAUUGUUCCUCAUGCCUUCAACAACUAGUCCAACAAUUACCAAAUCAUCAUAAACUUACAUUACAAACAUUAAUGGUUCAUUUUUGUCAUGUUUGUCAGAUACAACAUAGACAUGAUUUUCGUGAACCUCCAACUGUUCUAAUACGUGUACUUUGCCAUAUUCUUCUGAGACCUCCGUGGGAAAGGAUAAUUCAAAUUGUACAUAAUACUGAAGCCCAUAUCAGAGUUAUAGAGCUUUUAUUAUUGAAAGUUGAUUGGGGAGAAAGCAUUCCAGAAUUUGAUACAGCACCAGCUCUUCCACCUCGUCGACCAUCUCGUAUAACAAAUCCCCAACUUGAUACCCUGAGCAGUCCAAGUGCAGGAAAUAAUUUUCAUAGUGGAAGUGUUAAUAAUAUUGAUAGUGUUGAUACGGGUAAUAAUAUAAUAAAUAGGGUAACGGAUAAUCCUAGAUCAUUGCAAGAUGCUGAAUGGUAUUGGGGAGAUAUUACAAGGGAAGAAGUGAAUGAAAAAUUAAAAGAUACUCUAGAUGGAACUUUCUUAGUAAGAGAUGCUUCAAAUAAAGGUUCUGGUGAAUACACUCUGACCCUUAGGAAAGGAGGCAGCAAUAAAUUAAUAAAAAUUUGCCACCGAAAUGGAAAAUACGGUUUUUCUGAACCAUUAAAAUUCAAUUCUGUUGUAGAACUAAUAAAUUAUUAUAGAAAUGUAUCACUAGCUCAAUACAACAGGACACUUGAUGUCAAAUUGUUAUAUCCAAUAUCAAGAUUAAGUCAGGCUGAAGAUGAGGAGGAAAGCACUGCUGAUGUAGAAAUAGUUGGGCAAAAAUUAAUGGAUAUUAAUAGAGAAUACCUCCAGAUGACCAAGCAAUAUGAUCAAUUCUAUGAAGAUUUCAAUAAAACCCUUCAAGAAAUUCAAUUAAAACGACAGGCAUUAGAUGCCUUUAAUGAAACAGUUAGGUUAUUUGAAGGACAGAUUGAACUCCAUCUUCAGUUCCAAAAGGAUGCUCUACCUCAUGAAAUUAAGCCAUUAAUGGAAAACUUUGAAUUGUUAAAAAGUCGUCUGAGUACUGUUCAAGAAAACAAGACCCAGUUAGAAAAUGAAUUGAAGUAUCAGACUGCAUACAAUCGCUCACUUGACAGAGAAAUGAAUUCUUUGAAACCAGAGAUUUUGCAAUUAUAUAAACAACGAGAACAGUAUCAGAGCUGGCUUUUAGGGAAAGGAGUGAAGAAAGAAAAGAUUAAUAAAUUACUACAAGAUUCAUCAGCAGAGGCAAAAGAUAUUACCAGAGAUUCGUCAUUUGUCCACGAUGAUGAAAAUUUGCCACAUCAGAAUGAUAGUACGUGGUUUUUAAAGGAAAUUUCCAGAGAACAGGCAGAAAUGCUUUUAGCUGGUAAAGCCAAUGGUACAUUUCUUAUACGCCAUAGUAGGAGUGGCCAAUAUGCUUUAUCUAUAGUCUUAGACGGAACUGUCAAGCACUGCCUGAUUCACAAGACAGAACGAGGUUACGGUUUUGCCGAGCCAUACUUCAUCCAUUCCAGCCUAAAGAGUCUAGUACUUCACUAUGCUCAAACAUCUCUCGAAGAACACAACGAGUCUUUGAAGACUACACUAGCAUAUCCCAUAUUUGGACCACAGCCAGACCAGUACGUGAAAUGUUAUCCGAACAACUGAAUAUCAUCAUUGACAGGUCAACAAAUGUGAUCAAAUUCGGCUACCAUUAUUUUUCAUUUCAUCUUGGAUUUCUCUCAUUAGUACAGUGCAGUGCAUUGUGGAUGUUUUUGAUCUUUCAAAGAGUUGAAAACUUGCACAAAGAAAGUUCCUAGUAACAAGCUACUUUAUAAACCUCCAAGAGGUAUAAAGAAGAAAAAUUCAUUGCCAAAACUGUGAUUAGUGAUUUUCAUUAUAAUUUUUAAGUUUCCAAAUGAUAUGCAAUCAUUUCAUUAUUUUUAUCAUUGGGAUAAGUGUGUUGUAGAUGUUUUAAUUCCAAACUUUAUUUUCUUGGACACGAGAUUGAGAUUUUUGUUUAUUUGGAAAUAGACAAGAAUAUUCAAGUACAAGAUAAAUUUAAAUUUAUCAUGCAAUCUAUUUAUAAAGAUAGCAAAUCAAGAUUUCUGAUACCUCUAAUAUUUCACCGAAGUAUUUUAUUAUGAUGUCUCAAAAUGACAAUUGUAAAUAAUUAUAAGUUUGUAUGUUUUACAUUUGUGUUGAGUGUUACAUGUAAUGCUGUAUAUUUAUAUUCGAGCAUUGUACGAAUAAAUAAUCCCACCAAUUUUGCAGUCGUUUUUAUACACUUCUUUAAAGGUAACUUGAGAUUUGUGAUUGAAAGUUCAACAGCAAAUUUAUGUUGAAUUAGUAUUUUCAUAAAUGUAGUACGAGUUGGGAUAAAUAAGAAUGUUUGUCUUUAAAAGACACUUUAAUAAAUAAUUGAAUUUAAAUGAUAAAGUUAGUCUCAUACUUUAUUCUAACAUUAAGUACUCUAACUCUAAAUACCAAUACUGUAUU